AUUGUUUGGUAAAAAUCCUCACCUUGCCAAGCCUGAAGAAAUGAACAACUUAGAAACCUCCUUGUUCACUAUAUUCCUGGUUUGCUAAAAGGGUCCUUGGGCGGCCCAUUCUAUCUCUAUGGAGAUCUGGGAAGAUAAAGUAGUAUUGGGAAUAAAGAAUGAGAGGAUUGGGAGAGACAAAGUUCCUAGUCUUCACCAUGUUCGAGUUAAGCCUCUCAACAGGAUUCUUAAAUUUGCUGUGAUAAAUAUAGCACUUGUAGUUUUAGUUCAUGGAUCAAAUAGCAUUACCAGAGAUGACUUCCCACCUGGCUUUGUGUUUGGUGCUGGUUCAUCAGCUUACCAGGUGGAAGGAGCAUCAAACAAAGAUGGAAGGUCUCCAAGCAUAUGGGAUACCUUUGCCCACGCUGGAAGAAUGCAUGGAGACACUGGAGAUGUAGCAUGUGAUGAAUAUCACAAAUACAAGGAAGAUGUUCAACUCAUGGUGGAUACCGGCAUCGAUGCAUAUAGAUUUUCCAUCUCAUGGUCAAGAAUUAUCCCAAAUGGAAGAGGAGCUAUCAAUCAGAAGGGUUUGCAGUAUUACAACAACCUUAUCAAUGAAUUGAUCAGCAAUGAAAUACAGCCACAUGUUACAUUACACCAUCAUGAUCUCCCACAGGUAUUUGAAAACGAGUAUGGAGGAUGGAUUAGUCGAAAGAUUGUAAAAGACUUCACUGCAUAUGCAGAUGUGUGCUUCAGAGAGUUCGGUGAUAGAGUUAAAUAUUGGACUACUGUGAAUGAGGCUAAUGUGUUUGCACUUGGGGGUUAUGGCAGUGGAAGUUUGCCUCCGGGUCGUUGUUCUGCAGAUAAUUGCUCUGCAGGAAACUCCUCAAUUGAGCCCUACUUAGCAACACAUCAUAUCUUGUUAGCACAUGCAUCAGCUGCUAGAUUGUAUGAGAGAAGGUACAAGGAUAAGCAACAUGGAUUUAUAGGGAUCAAUAUUCUUCAAUUUUGGUUUGUUCCUAAUACAGAUGGUACUGAGGAUGAAAUUGCUACUCAAAGAGCCAAAGAUUUUUAUAUUGGUUGGUAUUUGAAUCCCUUGAUCUUUGGAGAUUAUCCUGAGAUCAUGAAGAAGAAUGUUGGCUCUAGGUUUCCAGCCUUCACAAGUCUUGAAUCAGAAACUAUUAAGGGCUCAUUUGAUUUCAUAGGUGUGAAUUAUUAUUACCCAGUGCAUGUCAAAGACAACUCCAGCAGCCUAAAGUUGGAAAUCAGGGACUUCUUUGCAGACGCAGGAGUAAAGCUUAUACCUGUGCUAAAUGAAUCUGCAUAUGAGUUGGUGCAGUUUCCAAUUACACCGAACGGCCUGGUUGGAAUCCUGGAAGACAUGAAGCAAAAUUAUGGCAACCCUCUUACUUAUAUCCAUGAAAAUGGUCAAAGAACCAGACGCAAUUCGUCAUUGGAAGACUGGCCUAGGGUGAAAUACUUAGAUGCAUACAUCCAAAGUUUGUUGGAAGCUGUAAGGAAUGGAUCAAAUGUGAAAGGUUAUUUCGAAUGGUCAUUGUUGGAUGCAUUUGAGCUGCUGGAUGGGUAUGAGUCAAGUUAUGGCUUAUACUACAUAGAUUUGGAUGACCCAGAUUUAGUAAGACAACCUAAGCUCUCUGCUCAUUGGUACUCUCAUUUUUUGAAGGCAAAAAGAAGCUUCAGUUCAGUUGGAUUGAUUAAAUCUCUUCCUUAUGAUUACUUCUCCCACUAGACUUUGAUUUACAUGGUUGGACAGUGGCUUGGUGUGGUUUUUUCCUUUUUUGUUUUGUUUAUAUUAUUUCUUGAAAAUCUUCUUGUUGAUAUAUUGAUAUGAAGAAUUUCAUUUUUAUUUCACUAAAUAAGUUGUUCAAUUAUUUUGCAAA